CUCGAUGCUACACUCUAAUCCUUUGAUCAACCCACCGACGCUAAUAGAGACAACAGAGAAUAUACGCUACUUGAUUGUCGAUUCUCCAAGUCAAAGUACCCUACCUAUAUACCUACAGGAAUUUGAACGAUGGAACGUCACUGAUGUUGUUCGUUGCUGCGAACCAACCUAUCCAAAAGAGUUGCUAGAGGAAAAAGGAAUUCAGGUUCAUGACUGGACAUAUGCGGAUGGUGACCAACCACCGGGUCAUCUGGUCAACAGUUGGUUGAAACUUAUCCGGCGUACCCGAAUGGAUGCUAUGGAAAGGAGAAAGGCAGGCUCAAAGCAGGUGCCGUGUAUUGCAACCCACUGUGUUGCUGGUCUUGGAAGGGCUCCAGUAUUGGUCGCCAUAGCAUUGAUAGAGGAUGGUAUGUCACCUUUGGACUCAGUGGAACUCAUUCGUGAGAGACGACGAGGAGCUAUCAACAGUAAACAACUUCGGUACUUGGAGUCAUAUAAGCGUGAGCAGGAGGCUGGGAGCUGUCGGAUCUGUUGACUAUAUGGCUGGAUAAGGAAAGA